UACAAUAAAUAUUUUCAUUCACUCACUAAACCAUGACUCCAACCAAUGACGUGAGAGAGUUCGUGGUGAACCAGAGAAACGGAGUAAAAGGUCUCGUCGACUCUCUGAAACUAACCGCACUUCCUUCUCCAUACAUUCAACCUUCUCAAGAACGCCUCACUUCCGACAAAAUCCUCUCAUCACCUUCGCAAAUUCCUGUCAUCGACGUGUCUAACUGGAAUGACCCGCAAGUGGCUAGUGAGAUCUGCCAUGCAGCGGCUAAGCACGGGUUGUUUCAGAUAGUGAACCACGGGAUAGUUCCGGGGGAGUUGAAGGCUUUGAUUGCGGCGGCGCGUGGGUUUUUUGAAUUGCCAGCGGAAGAGAGGAGAAGGUACUGGAGAGGAAGUUCGGUGUCGGAAACGGCGUGGCUGACCACUAGCUUUAAUCCUUACAAAGAGAGUAUUUUGGAGUGGAGAGACUUCCUCAAGUUUGAGUUUCUUCCUCAACGGCAUGGUUAUGAUGCCACGUGGCCUCCUGUCUGCAGGGAACAGGUGACAGACCAUUUCAAGAGGAUGAAACCAAUCGCCAAUAAGAUCUUAACCAUACUUAUGAACAAUCUAAACUCAACCAUCGACGACUCUAGUAACCAAACACUGAUGGGAACAAUGAGAAUGAAUUUUAACUACUAUCCGGAAUGUCCUGAGCCAACCCUCGCAAUUGGAACUGGUCGCCACUCAGACAUCAACACCCUCACUCUCCUCCUACAAGAGGACGGUAUCUUGAGCAGCCUCUACGCUCGAGCCACCGAGGACGGGGAUAAAUGGAUUCAUGUCCCUCCGAUUCCGGGAGCAAUUGUGGUUAAUAUUGGAGACGUGUUACAGAUAAUGAGCAAUGAUAGGUACAGGAGCGUGGAGCAUUGUGUGCUGGUUAAUAGAUCUUGUAGCCGAGUUUCUAUUCCAGUUUUCUGUGGACCGGUUAAUGAUUCGGCUAUUGAGCCGUUACCAGAGGUGUUAGAGAACAAUGAGAUGGCUCGGUAUAGAAAGGUUGUGUACUCGGACUACUUGAAGGAUUUUUUUGAAAGACCCCAUGAUGGAAAGACGACUAUUGAGUCGAUUAAAUUAUAAGGAUGUGGUUUAUAAAAGGGUUUAAAUCAGAUCAAGACUCAGAAUCUAUCUUUCUUUUUAUUAUUGUUGUUUACCUUUUCAAAGGUUCUCGUUAAAAUAACAUUUAAAAUAAGGACAUGAAGGGCUUUGUUGGAAAACCCCAUGAUGUUAAGAAAACUAUUGAGUCGAUUAAAUAAUAACGAUUUG